AUGAUGGCCCAUCAAGAAGACAACAUGCCCCCACAACAUGGCUUCCAGAACGCCACGCCGAAACAUCAUUCCGUUGACAACUACUCGGAAGAUCGCAGUCCGCAAUACAAGGUCUCCAACGAGCCUGCCUCCUCCAUCGCUGACCGUCGGGUCGCCCUCAAUGUUUCACGCUCCGACCAAACAUACACGUCGGAUGUUGACGAUGACGACGGCUUUGACAUGAUCUCUUACGGCGAGGUCACUGCCUCAAGGACUUCCUCGGAGACAACAGGCUCUGACGACACUGUCGUCAAUUCGCUCGCUAUUGUGGCAAUGGCUGCAACUCCGGUUGUCCCUGGGUCUGCUCUGACCAAGGACAAUAUGAACCUCCUCGAUACGCAGUUGCCCCUUGGUAACGUGAGCACAUAUCAGUGGAUCUGGGGCCAGUCAUGCCCUGGUGGCUUCGAUAUCAAGGACAACUCGUCCAAAGACAGCAUGAAGGUCCACAUCUCGCACUCGCGUGUUAGCAGGGCUACGGACGCACUCGAGAACGAGUACGGCAUGGCCAACCACCCUUCCGAAGCUUUCAUCGCUUGCGCCGGCGACUGGGCCGACGUUGCAGCCCGUCCCGCUGCACCCCAUCUAGAUCUCUAG